UCCCCGAGCAACGGGCGGCGCGGGAUAAGCACUACUACCUCCGAGAUGGGGAAGAGGAAGGGGGGGAAAAAAGCAAUACCCAGAAAACAAGGUACGGGUUAUCUCGACGAGGGAUUUGCGAUCCGCAGCCAACGAAGUUAUCUAGCCUACGGCUCUCGCUGCGGUACGACAUCACCAGUUGAGGCCAUUUGUGGGUAGGUAGGUAUGUGUGAAGACCUUACCUAUACACAUACCUGCCUAUAUCCAUGUUACGUAGUAUAUAGAUAUAUAUGUGUGUGUGUGUGCAUAUAUGGAUAUUGGCAUGCGUGCGGACGGAAACCCUCUCUGCCUGUGCUCUGGAAGCCGAUCGGGUUGCGGGAUACUCGACCCAGGGGAACGAGCCCGACGAAUUGCUGGCCGCAUCCGUUCCCGCGCGCCACCCCCCCAUAUCUCAUGAUCUCCCCAUGCUCUCUCCCUUCUUGUAUUUGUACCGUACGUAUCUUCAGGACAAAUCAUAUAGAUACAUACCCUCCCUCUCUCCCCUCCCCCCCCUUCUCCAACGACGGGGUGCAACCCAGACGCUCCUUUUCAGGGACUCCCCCUGCAUCGAGCGGCACACGCAAGCAUAUUUUAUCUAUUGGGGCCACCAAGCCAGCGAUCGAGCUUUUCGACCACUCCGCCAUUUGCGUGUUGGCUAUUUGCCGGUGCGUCCUCCCCCCAUCAUCCCACGCGGCCCUGCGCGAGAGGGGGAGAGAGGCAGAGGGAGACCGGGUGCCUGGAGAGAGGAGGAAGAGAAGGAGGAGUGUAGGGGGGGGGAGCGGAGAGCAGCCCAUUCGGCCACGAGCCACAUUUCCGUGGUGUCGAUGAGGCUCUUUCGGCAGGACCAUGCCACCCCCUACUCGAUGGCUUACCUAUCCGCAGGCAUUGUAUUGAGCAAAUCGUGCAUGCCGUGUUCUUUGGGUGUCUUGCACGAGUCGGGUACGUGCCAUUACUACUCACGGGUGCGGGUACGGCAGGGCCGCGGGCCUGUAGGCUUGUGCCGAACGGACGCUUCUCCUCCUCCCUUCUCCUCAAGCCGAGCCACCUGGCUGGCUAGGUAGCUAGUAGUGGUAGUAGUAGCGUGGUGGUGGUGGUGGUGGUGGUGGUGGUGGUGGUGGUGGUAGUAGUAGUAGUAGUAGUAGUGGCAGCGGCAGCAUUAUGUGGUCGUAGUGGUGCGUGUGUAUGUAUGCAUGUACAUACAUACGUGCAUACAUGCCUACUGCACAUUUGAUAAUAGCACGAGGAUUGUCGGCGGCAAUAUGACAGUGGCAUGCUUUAAUUCGAGGG